UUAAUUGUAAAUAUAUCACUAUGGCAGAUAAGAUAAAGGCACUCUUUUCAAAGAAAGUAAAGGAUCAAAAGUUCAAAUCGGCUGGCAAGGGAUACAAAUUAACAGAUUCAGCAAGUAGCUCUGCAUCAACAUCAAAGGCUAGUGUACAAGUUACAAAACGAGAUGAACCUUCCAAAGAAAUUAAAGUAGCUGGACAAGCAGCUUUGGCUCGAUUAGAGGGACAAAAAACAAGUGUUCCAAAAAUGAAAACUUCACAUAAAGCAAUUGUAGCUCAAGCAAAGAAAGAAUUGGAACUUGAAAAACUUGCUCUUGAACAAACAGAAAAAUCAUUUGAAUCUAAUGAAGUACCUGCUCUAGAAUCUAAAAUUGAUCAUGUAAUGGCUGUGGAGGGUGUUUAUUUCCAAUGCCCAGUGAUUUCUGAAGAAGUAUUGGAUAGAGCCUCAUGGAUUGAAAGAAUUCCAAUUUUUCUUCAUGAGGAGCUUCCUGAGAGUGAACCAGCAUUGAUUGCAAGCUUGAUUAUAAACAGUUGUAAUGUAGAUGCAGAUAGAGUGACUGCAUGUAAAAAUACUCUUGGCAAGUACUUAGAUAAUAUCAUAAAAGAUCCAUCUGAUAGUAAAUAUUGGAAGAUAAAAAUGUCUAAUAAAAUAUUUAAGGAGAAAGUUGAGCCCAUCACAGGCUCAAUCGAAUUUUUGACUGGGGCUGGAUUUGUUCGUGAAGUAUUGAUGCUCGAUGAUGGAGAAGAAGAAUUUUUAGUGUGGCACCCAGAAGUAGUUGAUAUUGAACAAUUAAAGACUCACAGGGAAACUUUAGAUUCAACUGAAAAAGUAGAGCUAAUUUUAGAUAGAAAUGAACAAGUUUUACAACCACACCAAGCUGCUCAGAGAAAUGAAUUACCAAUAGAAUUUUAUAAAUUAACAGUUGAAGAUAUGAAACGAGAACUUGAAUUGAGAGCCCAAGCUGCAGAGAAAAGUUCUAUGUUGAUGACUCAGGCUAUGAGGGAAAAAUUCAUGAAACAAAAAGAAAGAAAAUAUUGUUAUAGUAUAAUAAGAAUCAGAUUUCCAGAUAAUAUAAUACUUCAAGGAACAUUUGAUGUACAUGAAAAGUAUGAAGAAGUUGUAAAAUUUGUCCAAGAACACUUAGCAAAUCAAGACUUUCCAUUCUUUUUGAUGGAGAUUGGUUCAAGAGAAAAAUUAACGAAAGAAAAUUUUGAAGAUACAUUGGAAUCAUUAAAUCUAGUUCCUGCUGUUAUUUUAACAUUCUUUUCUGAUUCAUUAAAUACUGAAGCUCCAACACAGUAUUUGAAAGAUGAAACUCUUGCAAGAUUACAAUUUUCGUAAUGGACUAGUCAAAGAUACUGAAUAUUUUUUUUAUAAUCUAUUUUUAAAAAUGUAAAGUGUUAUUAAUGAGUAUAAGUUAUUUAAAUCAUGAUAACUUUAAUCAAAAAUUUUGUAAAUUAAAACGGUGUAAAUUUAUUAAUGAACUUGAAAAAUCAGUGGUUUCUUUUAUAUUACUUCAAUGGGAUUGGAAGGAUACGGAGAAAAAAGAAAUAAAUAAUAUUCAUUUAUUUGACCAACUAAAAUAAG